GCCGCCGGCGGCUUUCUUUUUUAUUUUUUCCUAACAAACGGCGGUAUCAACGGUUCUCUCGACAAGUAACUAGCAAAUUCUUUUAAUACAGAAUGCCUCUUCCUCCGGCACUUCUGGCCCGCUUGGCCAAGAGAGGGAUUGUUAAACCAACAGAUCAAGCAGAUGUAGAUGAGGAGAUUAUCGCUGAAGAUUACGAUGACAACAAUGUGGAUUAUGAAUCCACCAGACUAGAGAACCUUCCUCCAAAUUGGUACAAAGUGUUCGAUCCGUCCUGCGGUCUUCCUUACUACUGGAAUGUAGAGACAGAUAUGGUGGCCUGGCUUUCACCAAAUGACCCGACUGCAGUUAUAACAAAACCUGCCAAGAAAAUGAAGGCUGAUGUCACAGACGAAAGAGCAGAGAGGCCGUUUGAAAAGCCAGAGAAGGAACGAGACCGGGAUCGGGACAGAGACCGCGACCGAGAUCGGGAACGAGACCGGGAAAGGGACAGGGACCGAGAACGGGACAGAGAGAGAGACAGAGACCGGGACGAAGGACGGGACAGGGACAGAAGGAAGCAGAGGAGAGACGACAUGCCACCGUAUGGCAAAAACAAAAGAGGAAGAAAAGACGAUGAGAUGGACCCAAUGGACCCGAGUGCCUAUUCUGAUGCUCCAAGGGGCUCUUGGUCAAGCGGCCUCCCCAAACGCAACGAAGCAAAGACGGGCGCAGACACGACGGCCGCCGGGCCGCUGUUCCAGCAGCGGCCGUACCCGAGUCCCGGGGCGGUGCUGCGAGCUAACGCCGCGAACCAUCCGCCCAAGGAGUGAACCGGGAUCCGGUGAAGACGGAAAAAAAGUCCGGAAAGACGAGAGAUGGGAAAAGAUCCCGUAUGGACGGCCGCAAACACACAAGCGCUGUUGCUAGCUCUUUAGUACGGAAACACCCAAGGGACAUGGGGAGAUUUUUUUGUUGUUGCGUUACCUCGCAAAUGUACGACGGAAUAUUAGCGCCAUACAAAAAAUAAAUAAAAUUACAAGAGUAAAAUCAAAAUAAUAGGAGAAUAGUCAUAUUUCAAGAAGUCGUAGUGUUAUGUUAAGGAUAUUACGAAAAUAAAGUCAUAAUUUUAUGAGAAUAAAGUAAUAUUACCAGAAGUUGGAAUGCAAAAAUAUAGUAAAAAAGUCUAAAUAAUACGAGAAUAAAGUCAAAUGACUAUUCUCAUAUAGAUUAUUCUUGUAUGAGUUUAUCUUUGUAAUAUUUUGUUAUUCUUGUAAUAAAGUAAACAAAGUAAUACUUAAUUACUUUAUUUAUAUCUUCAUUACUGCUUAUUUUGGCUCAAUUAUUCCCUGCGAUUAGCAGCAGUUAAUCACAUCCAAACCAAAUAUUUAACUUCUCACCUGUUCAUAUUGUCGUAAUGUGACUUUAUUUGCAUAAAUCUAUAACUUUAUUGCUAUUAUUUCAACUGUAUUCUCAUGACAUUUCUUAUUAUGACUUCAUUCUUGUGGUUUUAUUUUCAAAUUUUUAGUUUGGCCCCAACUCUCCGUCGUACAAAAGUUUUUUUUCGUUCCCUUGCAACAAUGUACCAGUUAAUUCAUGCAGCAUCUUGGAUACUGAAUCUUCCUGCUACAGUAUGAAGUUUUUCUGCGUACAUUAACAUCUAUUUUGAGCUAAUAUACGUCUAUUUUAAAUCGUUUUCAUUAGAAUUCAGGUCAAACAUAAACAGAAACUUUCCAUUAACAGAGAAAAAAUACAUCCAAACUAUUUGGACUAUUUUUAUUUUCAGUGUAAUAAAGUGAUAAACCAUUUAGUUUGGUUGUCUAAAUGGCUAAUAAAGGGCCGUUUUCAUGGGCAGUCCAACCUCUGAAUUACUCAA